AUGUUGGGCAAUGUUUCUCGUGCAAAGGUGUUCCGCUAUGGAUACGCCGCGCCGUUCUACAACGUCUCCCGCGCGAUGAGGACCAUCGUGUUUGGGACUAAGAAUGAACUUGGACUGCACUUUGGCAUUUUGAUCGUGUGGAUUACGAUAUCAUGCAUUACGUUGCCGUUGAUUCGGUGCUUUGUGAGGAGAGAAGGCUCCGCAAAGACGGCGAGACCGGAUCAGGACAUGAAGGUUUGA